GGAAGAGGGACAGACAGGGAGGAAAGGCUAAGGCUGAGUUUGAAGUCUGAGUCGGCUGAGAUGUGGAUGGAUGUGUGACGGAGAAGACUAUUCUGGAAAAACUGGAAACUACUCUGGAUUUCUUUGACUUUUCUUAAAGAGAAAGUAUUUGUUUUCCUGCUGUGUCUUUUUCAGACUUUCUCACACUCUCUGCUGAAGACCUCAAAGACAGAAUCAUCAGGAUAUUUAGGUUUAUUUUCUGGAAUCUUCCCGACUCCAAACUCCCAUCUUCUACCUCAGCCUCAGGAUUAUGUUGGUGCGUGGUCGCUCUGAGGAUCUGAAGGAGGAUCAAAAUGCUGAAAUGUAAAGUUCAAAGUUACCUCUGCUGCCUGUGGUUCACCUCACUGCUGCUGCUCCAGGAUUUCAUCAGAGCAGCUCCCACAGCCAACCAGUCCCUCCCAUGUAGCAUCUCUGUAUCUGAACACAUACCUGCCCUGGACUCCAUCUCUCUGACCAUCAGCACACCUGGACACGACUGCUCCUUCACUGUGACGUCUCUUGAUACCGGAGCAGACGGCGCCGAGUGCAGACGAAGAAAGAGCAGAAGAAGAAGAAGUGCUGAAGAGGAGACAGAGACAAAUGAGAUUCCAGUUAGUGAGCCAGGAGAGGAGGAGGUAAAGGAGGAAAAAAAACAAGGGGACUAUCUGGAAACGAACAAGCUAGGAGAGGAGGAUGGAGGGAACAAGGAGGCAGGAGGGGUUUUUACCUGUGUGCUGGAUCACCUAGAGCCGGGGACCGCCUACCUGCUGCAGGUUAAAUCACAGAAAGAUGAAGAGACGGCAAACAUCACCCUACACACCAGGCCGUCAGCAGUGAGUGACCUGGUGGUUACCUCCAGGACCAGCAGCCUGGGACUUUCCUGGCAGGCCGGCCCGGGCCGGACACAGCGCUUCAGGCUGCAGCUUGAGGAUGAUACAGGUCUGCUGAGGAACGAGACGUUAGAGAGCACAACGACCCAACAUACACUCAAAGACCUGUUGCCUGGACGACUGUAUAACGUUACUAUGGUUACAGAGGCAGGUGGGCUCCAGAACAGCCUGACGAUGGAAGCUCAGACAGUUCCUGCUGCCGUUUCAAAUCUCACCGCCACAAACAACAACAGCACAAGCGUCCUGUUGUCGUGGCAACUGCCUGAAGGUAACCUGGACACACUAGUCGUCGUCGUCUCGACCAAUGGGACAAGCCACACGGAUAUGAUGCUUCCUCCAAACGCCACCGAAGUAGGAGUUGAUCAGCUGACUCCAGGCUCGGCCUAUCAGGUUACAGUGAUGACCCGGAGCGGGAAACUGACAAACCAAUCAGUGAUCACCAUCAGGACGGCUCCAGCUCCAGCGUCCCUCCUCUCCUUGUCUCCUUCGUCCUCUGACGGCGGCCUCCUCCUCUCUUGGACUCCCCCUGGUGGUCACUGGGAGAGUUACAACGUGUCCCUGUUUGACGGCUCCCAGCAGUUAGUCAGCUCCACUCUGGACAGAGAGGCGGUUAACUUCAGCUUCUCUGGGACCGGACUUAUUCCUGGAAAAGGGUACAGAGCCGAGCUGAGGGUGGCGAGUGGAGGACUGACGGCUCAGAGCAGCCGUGAAGGAGCAACCGCUCCAGCGGCGGUGACAGACCUCUACAUUAGACACGCUGACGAGACCUCACUCAGCGCCUUUUGGAGCCACGCCCCCUCUGGGUUACGGGACAGCUACUUCCUGACUCUUAGCCAUGGAAACACCACUGUGGCCACCAGGGAAGUGGAGCCAAACAUGAGGGAGUGCACGUUUAAUGUGCUCACACCUGGGAGGCGCUACAACAUCACCGUGACGACCAGGAGUGGGAAACUGAACACGUCAGUGUCAGUGGAGGGGACGACAGACCCCAUGGCUCUACGCAGCCUCACUCUGAGGAGCUCUGGAGUAGACAGCCUCAAAGCAUCGUGGGAAAAACCACCAGGAGAUGUGGACUCUUACAUACUGACACUGCAGAAGGACGAUGUUGUUCAGAACUUCAGCGUUCCGGUUGGUUCUUCUUCUCUGCUGCUGUCUGGUCUGACUCCCGGCGCCCUCUACAAGCUGAAGGCUGCUACUGUCAGCGGAGGACUUCAGUCUGAGCUCGUCAGUCUGGACGGACGAACCACUCCAGCGUCCGUCUCCGAGGUAACGGCAUCAAACGGCGGCAGGUCAGAUGCUCUGCAGGUGUCAUGGCGUCCGGCGGUCGGUGUUGUGGAAAGCUACACAGUGCGCCUUCAGGAGGGGAGUCGAACUGUCCACACGUCUACAGUGUCCCACUCCUCGCCACCAGAGUGCUCCUUCAGCUCACUGGUUGCUGGUCGACUGUACUCAGUCGUCAUAGUAACGAGGAGCGGCAGCCUAGAGAACAUCACCACGGUUCAAGCCAGAACACAACCUGCGACUGUUCAGAACCCAACAGCCGUUCAUUCUGCACGAGACGACUUCCUCAAGGUUUACUGGCGUCCCGCAGCAGGAGAUCUGGACCGUUAUGUGGUUCUGAUCCGUUACAACAACAGCGUCCUGCAGAACAAAAGCGUCUCUGCUGGACACAUAGAGUGCGCCUUCUCAUCUCUGACCCCUGGAAGACUUUACACCGUCACAGUGGAAACCUGGAGUGGGGACUUUGUCAGCAGUGUCUCCACCGACGGACGGACCCUUCCUGCAGCUGUUGGAAAUCUGUCUCUGAGCAACGCAGGGACGAGUGAUCUGACCGUCACCUGGAACCCCGCCCCUGGAGACGUGGACCACUAUGAGGUGACUCUAUUCUUCAACGACACUCGCAUUUUCCCUCCGGAUGUGUUGAGCAGCGAUGUGAGACAUCAUCGGCUGACGUCACUGAACUCUGGACGACUUUAUAAGAUUGUGGUGUCGACGUUCAGCGGACCGUACCAGAGAGCUCAGUUCAUCAAGGGACGGACUGUCCCCAGUGCAGUCAGGAACCUGCACCUCGCUCCUCGACCAGGUGGACUUUAUGUUACCUGGACACCUGGAGAGGGAGACAUGGAGAUGUACGCCGUCACACUAUCCACCAUGGAUGGUUCUGUUGUGGAGAGACGUCCCGUUCCCAAACACAUCUCCUCAUUGGACUUCCUGGAUUUGAUCCCGGGAAAUGCCUACACCAUCACUGUCCAAUCUGAGAGCGGGAAGCUGACCAAUAGCAACAAAGCAACCGGCAGGACAGCUCCGGCCAGCGUCACCGCCCUACAGGCCGAUAACGACCACACCACCCACAGUCUCACCGUCAGCUGGGAGAGGCCGGUGGGCGUCUACGACGGUUACAGUCUGCAGCUAUUGGACGAGGCUGGAGUCGUUCUGACCAAUCGGUCGAUCCCCGCCCAGAGUCGAAGCGAGCGGUUGGAGGGUCUGACAUCAGGGAAGUGGUACAGAGUGAAGGUGGUGACGCUCAGUGGGGGAGUCCAAUCACAGGAGGCCACAGCAGAGGGACAAACCCGUCCGUCUGCAGUCACUAAUCUCACCGUCACCUCUGUCAACACCUCCUCUCUCUCCUUCUCCUGGCGCCCAUCCACUGGCCACGUUGACAUCUACGACCUGUCGCUUUACAGCGUCACUAAGGCAACAACCAAUCACAGACAGAACGCUGCAGGGAGCAGGAAGGAGCAUCACCAGGUGUUGGGGGAGCUGGUGGACCUGCAGAAAGUCGGUCGGGAUGUGGACAGCUGUGUGUUCACCGGUCUGAAAGCAGGAAGUCUGUACAGGCUGCAGGUGGAGAGCUGGAGCAGAGGCAUGAACAGUGAUUCGUCUGUACUCGCCAGAACCGUCCCGUCUUCAGUUUCGUCUCUCAGCGUGAAAAGUUCAGAAAUGACGGACAGACUGACGCUGGGCUGGGAGCACGGAGAAGGGAGCUGGAGCAGCUACCAGGUGAUUUUAUACGACAUCUCUGGAGCCUCUCUGGGUGCACAGACUCUGGGGGCGGAGCAUAAGAGUCACAUGUUCUCUGGGUUGAUUCCUGGUAGGCUGUAUCGCGCUGAGGUCAUCACACACAGCGGAGAACUGUCCAAUAACGUCUCAGCACUCGGACGCACCACUCCAGAGCCGCCCACCCACCUGUCCGUCAAACAAGGCCCGACCAAUGACACGAUAGAGCUGUCCUGGUCCGCUCCCGCCUUUGGAGACUAUGACAGCUUCAGCCUUCAGUGGACUCCUCCAGACCAGCUGUCGGUCAGACAGAACCAGUUCACCAGCCGCAUCGUGGGCGGGAUGUUUCCAGGGCGACGGUAUAACUUUACUGUGGAGACAAUCAGCGGCAGCGGAGCUAGGGGCGGGCCUACAGUUAGGAGUCGGUCGAUCCAGAGGAAUGUCAGGACAAGUCCGUCUCCUCUCCGGUCCAUCCACUGCUUCCCUCUCUCCUCCUCCUCCCUCUCCUGCUCCUGGUCGCCCCCUCCCUCGGACUUCGAUUCCUACGAGGUCGAGUGCCGCCGCCACGAUGAUGGGGAGCUGACCUCUGCGCUGCGCCUGGCCGGAGGCGUCAACGCGGUAACGCUGGAUCACCUGGAGGCGUUCAGGAAGUACUCUGUGACGGUCAGAGUGUCGUCAGCCGGGCAGACGAGUCCGCCGGCAACGCACACAACUGUCACCAUGAUUGACCGUCCUCCGGUCCCGCCAUCCAGCGUCCGUGUCAGCGAGAAGUCAUCGAAGCUCACGUCAUCCUCCAUCUUGUUCCGCUUCAACUGCUCGUGGUUCAGCGACACCAACGGAGCCGUCAGAUACUUCGCUGUGAUCGUGGCCGAGUCUGAUGCCAAUGAGAUGCUGCAGCCGGAGCAGCGCCACCCUCUGCCCUCCUACCGCGACUACAUCAGUAACUCCUCCGUCAGAGCGUAUCAGACUGCCUACUUCGUCAGCCGCUGCCCACAGGACACCGAGUCCUCACCUGGACAGGUGAUCGAGGUGAACCUGGGUGCUGGAGGGGACCGCCUUGGCGGGUCUUGUGACCAUUACCAUGAUGAUGACCUCUACCUUAGUGACAGCUACGGCGGCUUCUGUGACGGGCCGCUGAAGUCCAAGACCUCCUACAGGCUGAGCGUGAGAGCGUUCACCAAACUGUUCGACGAAAACCACCAAGAGUUCCCUCAGCCUCUGUUCAGUGACACCUACCUGUCUGCACCGCUCAGGACGCACGCAGAGCCUCUAGGGGGCGUUGUGGAGGGUCUGAGUGCUGGGAUGUUCCUGAUUGGGAUGAUGGUGGCCGUCGUCUCUCUGCUGGUCUACAGACAAAGGCUACGCAAAGUAGCGGUGCAGGAGAACCCGGUGGUGAGGAUGAGCAUGUGGAAGGAGGUUCCAUCUUCAGGAUUAUACGUUGGCGUCCGGAGUAAUCGUCGGGUAACCAGCCCCAUUAAAGCAUGCAACUUUGAGUCCCACCUAAGCAAACUACAGGCUGACUCCAACUACCUGCUCUCUGAAGAGUUUGAGGAUCUGAAGGAUGUCGGACGAAACCAGACGAUGGACGUCGCCCGAGUGCCCGAGAACCGAGGAAAGAACCGCUACAACAACAUCCUGCCAUAUGAUUCCACCAGAGUGAAACUGUCAUACCUGGAGGAUGAUCCCUGCUCAGACUACAUCAACGCCAGCUACAUGCCUGGUAACAACUACCGCCGGGAGUACAUCGCCACUCAGGGCCCACUACCCGGCACCAAAGACGAUUUCUGGCGGAUGGUGUGGGAGCACGGCGUCUACAAUGUCGUCAUGGUGACACAGUGUGUGGAGAAAGGACGGGUGAAAUGUGAUCAGUACUGGCCUGCAGACAGAGAGCCACUGUACUAUGGUGAUCUGGUCCUCCAGAUGCUGUCAGAGUCGGUCCUGCCAGAGUGGACAAUCCGAGAGUUCAAGAUCACAUCGGAGAGCAGCUGCAGUUACCCUCGGGUGGUGCGCCACUUUCACUACACUGUGUGGCCCGAUCAUGGAGUCCCAGAGAGCACACAGUCUCUGAUCCAGUUUGUCAGGACGGUCCGGGACUACGUGGACCGAUCUCCGAGCACCGGAGCCACCAUCGUACACUGCAGCGCUGGUGUUGGCCGUACAGGGACGUUCAUUGCUUUGGAUCGGGUUCUGCAGCAGUUGGACACCAAGGGAACCAUUGACCUCUACAGCUGCGUGUUUGACCUCCGCCUGCACCGCCAACACAUGGUCCAGACUGAGUGCCAGUAUGCCUUCCUGCACCAGUGUGUUCGAGACGUUCUGAGAGCCAGAAAACAUCGCAGUGAGCAGGAGAAUCCUCUCUACCCCAUCUAUGAAAACUUCAACCCUGAGUACUGCCGAGAUUUCAUUUACACCGGACGCUAAACCAUCAUCCCAUCAAGAGCAAAGAAAUGUUUCUAUUGCGGCUUACUUUGAAAUUUCAAAACCAUCCCAAUUAAUAGAGGAUGUAAGUGAAAUACAAGACAAAAAGGGGCAAAUCAGGAUGCUAUGAAAGAAAAUAAAGCAAGUAAUGCAAUAUUAUUGGGGGAAUAUUUGAGACUUUCACUACAAAAUUACUGGUGUUAAUCUAACUUGUUAAAGGGUUUUUCAAAGACAAACGGGUUGAUCUCAGGUCGUUGGUGGAUAGCAAAGUUUAAAACGUUAGCAGUGAUAGCGACCCACUAACCUCAAAAUAUCUGUAUAGUUGCAGGAGGGAAAGAGCCAUUUUUGUUUUCUGAUUUUACUGUAUGUUCUCAGUUAUAAGCUGUUUAUUUAAUAUGUUACACACAUUGCUGUAUGUAAAUAUUGAUGUAAUACUCCUUUUUUUAAAGAUAUGAUUAUGCACAUUUACUGUAUGUUGACUUUUUUUUGUAAUAUUCUGAAAUCAAACACUUGGCAAAGUAGAUGCAACUGCUGUAUUCAAACUCAAGUGUAACCUGCUUUUAAAGUGUAUAUUUAGAUUUAACAUAUAACCUUUUUUAUAUAAAAGUUGUUCAUAUAUUGUUGAAACAUAUGUUGAAAAUUUUGUUUUGCAACUAUAUGGGAUGAGAUUGUCAAAAUUUGCAACAUUUUAUAAUGAUGUAGGUGUCAAAUUCACCAUAUUUCAUGUGAUUAUUUGCAAUUUGAAACUAUUAUCCUUAAUUGGAUAGAUAUUUUUUAUAUAGUUCCAGUUUUUUGAGUUUAUAUUCUGUCGUAAUGAUAAGUUGUUUAGAUUAGUAUUAUUAUAAAGUCAUCAUAUAGGUUAUGAAAACCCACACUCCUCUAGUGUAUAGCAUCAUUAAGUUUGUUCUACUGAUAUAAAGUGACACAUAUUCUUAUCAGAAAUAUAUUUUAUUGAUAUUAUGAUAUACCACUGACCUAAGAAUGUACAUCUGUUUUUAAAUUUUGCUGUCAGAUCACUGGAAACUGGGUUAUUAAAUGAUUAUAAAAUAAAACUUUUCAAACUUU